AUGAUGAUUUCAGGGAUUGUUGGUCCUCUAGUCAGAACAGCACAUAAGGUCAAAAUGAACGUCCAAAUGAAGGGGAUGAGAGAAUCCACUGACAAGAAGCUCAGUUCAUAUCCUGGACUCACCUGUGCAUGGUUGGCUGUGGAAUCUUCUUCAUGGAUUUCAAGUGCAGGAUUAUUUAUUGUUGCAGCAACAGUCGAAUUUGAUUUUUUCUUUCAUGUUUUCAUGCGAAAUAGUUGGCAACAUAACUGCAUUAUUAUAAAUGCGACGGCUGCAGAGAAAUAUAUUCAUGGUGUCAUUUACCAGUCUUUUUGGCGGGUAAAGGAUGAUCACAAUCUAUAUAGGAUUUCCUCCAUUUUUUUGGAUAACUAG